AAUUAAUUUGGUUCACUUUCUUGUUUUACUCUCCUCAAAAAGUUAUUCUUGUUUAUUUUUCUUAGAGACGUGGUUCCAGAAAGAUGUCCAAUGCCUCUGAUGAUUUACCAGAGUUCUUCAAGAUUUAUACCUCUGCUCUGAGUUCUCAAUUCAUGAGAAUUCCUCCAGAUUUUAUCACCAAAUUUGCUGGGAAAAUUCCGACAACGUGCACGUUACAAAGGCCACAAGGUGCCUCUUGGAAAAUUGAUGUCUGCAAAGAGAAUGAUUGUUGGUUUUUCCAAAAGGGUUGGCCUAAUUUUGUGGAAGAUAAUUCGUUGCAAGAUGCUGAUUUUCUCACAUUUUGCUAUCUUGGGAAAUCCUUGUUUUAUGUCAACAUAUUCUCACCAAAUGGCUGUGAAGAAAGAGGUCAAUCAGCAGGUACUGAUGUUCCAAGACGAGUUGCAAAUAUCAACAAAAACCCUAAUUUCACAGCUGUGCUAACCAAGGGAUACAUGAAAAGGGGGGCUGUGGGUAUGCCAAUCAAGUUUUGGAAUGCACACAUGAAAAAGCAUAAAAGAUCAAGAAUUGAUAUUACUCUUUGGGUGGAAAAUCAAGAGUGGAAGGUGGGAGUGGUGAAAUAUCGUUGUAGUGUUCAAAUUGAAAAAGGUUGGUCUAAAUUUGUGAAAGAUAAUAAUCUCAAAGUCGGGACUUCAAUCACUUUUCAACUCACUGAUGCCAAGCACCUGUCUGUCAUUGUCACGUUUGGUAGACCCAAUUGAGGUCUAGUGACAUAUUUCAGUUUUCAUUUGUAUCAAGCCCAUGUUUAGCUAAGUUUUUAUUAGAUGUGUUUUUAGAACUAGUGCUAUCAAUUUUUGUAAAUGAAUGUUGCUAGCUUAUGAUUUAUUCAAGUUUAAUUUUGGGAGCAAUUUAUUGUUGAAGACUAUUGCUUUGAAGAUGUAAUUAUGAAAAAAUAAG